UGUGGGGCGAGCGGCUGGCUGGCGUGCGCGGGGUGCUGCUCGACAUCUCGGGGGUGCUGUACGACAGCGGCGAGGGCGGUGGCGUCCCGAUCGCCGGCUCGGUGGACGCGGUGGCGAGGGAGUCCUGGGUGUGAGUGUCCCAGAGUGAGCCGAGCUCGCUCCCGACCACAUCUGAAGUUGUGUGUGGAGUGACAGAUGUGGGGUGCUGCCAUCUCACUGUCACACCGAUUGCUCACUGUUCUGAGAAGGUCACAUCAUCAUUCAUCAGGAGUAAUUAGUCCCCUGGGACCCCCUGCACUUCUUCCCUCAACUGCUCCAUUAACUUGGGUGUGAAUCACACGUUCCGGGCGCCAAUCAAUGAAGAUCUAUCCGCAGUGUACAAGACUGAAGCGGUCCCAGCUGAAGGUGAGAUUCUGCACCAACGAGUCGCAGAAGUCCCGGGGAGAGCUGGUGGCACUGCUUCGGCGGCUGGGAUUCGACAUCUCUGAGGAGGAGGUGACCGCCCCAGCCCCGGCCACCUGUCAGAUCCUGAAGGAGCGAGGCCUGCGGCCACACCUGCUCAUCCAUGACGGAGUCCGCUCAGAAUUCGAUCAGAUUGACAAGUCCAGCCCGAACUGUGUGGUAAUGGCAGAUGCUGGUGAAAGCUUUUCUUAUCAGAACAUGAAUAAAGCCUUCCAGAUACUCAUGGAACUGGAAAAUCCUGUGCUCAUAUCGCUGGGAAAAGGACGCUACUACAAGGAGACCUCGGGGCUGAUGCUGGACGUCGGAGCCUACGUGAAGGCGCUCGAGUACGCCUGUGGGAUUGAGGCCGAAGUGGUGGGGAAACCUUCCCCCGAGUUUUUCAAGUCUGCUCUGCAAGCGUUGGGAGUGGAGGCGCACCAGGCCAUCAUGAUCGGGGAUGACAUCGUGGGCGACAUUGGCGGUGCCCAGCGGUGCGGAAUGAGAGCGCUGCAGGUGCGGACCGGGAAGUUCAGGCCCAGUGACGAGCACCAUCCUGAAGUGAAGGCUGAUGGGUACGUGGACAACCUUGCAGAGGCUGUGGACCUGCUGCUGCAGCAUGCGGACAAGUGACAGCCUUCAGGGAGGGCCAGGCCUCUUCCAUUACCGUCCCUCCUCUCCCAGUUACCUCAGUGCCCAGAACACUCAAGUUCCUGGCAGCCCCACCCUCUGCCCUCUGUGGGCAGGGGAGGGCCCUUCCGGGCUAUCUUGCCCUGCACCAGAGCUAGCCAGCCCCUUCCUCAGCCUCCCUCAGCCAUGCUUCCCUGGGCUCCUGGGCAAAGGUUUGCUGCAAGCCCCCUCUGGGACUGUCCUGGAUUCAUUCCCACCUGGUGCUUGAGUGCAGGAGCACCACCUAACUGGACGUAGAGGAGGCUGCCCCUUCUCCAGGCUCUCCGCAGCUAAGUGAGGAGCCUGGAGCGAGGCCAGGGGCUCCUGUGCGUGUCAAGCCGCUCAGAGCAAAGUCAGCCUGCCUCGGCUCCCCGCCCGGGUCAGCGCAAUCAGACAGUCCAGCCAAGCUUAUCCCUUCCCUUCAAGUCACCACUGCAGACGGGCUGGGGUAGCUCCCAGGGGCACUUUGAAGAGUACCAUCCUACAGAGGUCAAGGCUGCAGGCAGAGAGGUUCCUUUGGAGCCAGAACUGGAUAGAAUGAAGGUGUCAUGUGCAGGAGGAACUAACAGCACUCAAUAAACUUGGCCUUA